UGUAUCGCAUGUUCAUGCACGAUUAUAACCUUAAAAUACGGAAAAACACUCCUGAUAUCAGUGAAACUGAUGUUUUUUUUGCAAAAAUGUGAACGACAAUACGACUGAAGGGAUUUUUAGCCGGGCCGUGAGAGGCUCUGGCAUGUGCCGGUGCAAAUGUGCUAGUGCGGUUCUGUGUUAGUUAGCUGGAGGAAUUAACACUUAGCACCUUCCUAUCAUGAUUCCGUCUAAACACUGUGAUUCACCCUCUAAAAGGGCCCUCGAAACAUACGAAUUCAAUAAUAUGUCUUCAACACCAACGAUUGGAGCCCGACAUUUGAGCAAAUCCACUUCCGAGUUAAGCAGUCCUAGAGAAAUGCCGGAAAUUCGUCCUAGGUCUGCAGCUCCCCCUGAAGUCUCGCAUCUGUCAGUAUAUCAAAAAGCUCAUAGUUUUUUCGCACAACUUAAGAGUCGUUGGGGGCACAGCAAACGCGAGCGUCGCCACAAAUCUCCUGGCCGCCAAGACUCCACCGAUUACGCUGCCGAUCUUAGCAGUGACCACAGCACCCCUAGCACCCAGAGUCCAAGACAUCGACUCCACACUCGUACAGACUCGCCGUUAAGCCGUGCCUGUCCCAGUGGUGGCGGCGGCGGUGAUACCAGUUCACCCAGCGGCUCCCCCAAGCCUCGUGUGCCCACCACCAGCGCCGUGGCCGGCCUCGACCUUCUUCCCCUGGGAUCCAACGAUGAAAUCUCCAGAAGACGCGAAGCAGUUUUACGUCAACAUUCCUUUUUUCAAUUACGGAUACAUCUACGUAGGGGAAAUGGAUUGGUCGCCAUGGACAAAAACGGGUUAAGCGAUCCAUACGUCAAGUUCAAAGUUGGUGGUAGAUUAAUUUAUAAAUCACGAACGGUUUAUCGAGAUUUAAAUCCAACAUGGGACGAAAGUUUUACCGUUCCGAUCGAAGAUCCAUUCAUUCCUAUUCAGAUCAAAGUAUUCGACUACGAUUGGGGACUUCAAGACGAUUUUAUGGGAUCGGCAACUCUGGAUCUAACCACGCUGGAUCUGGGAAGGGCAACUGAAGUAACAAUGGUUUUACACGAUCCUGACAGACCUGACACGACACUAGGAGAGAUUCUUCUAACUGUUACAUUGUAUCCCAAGAGUCAAGAGGACAAAGAACAGUACUAUCAAAAGAACAGUAGAGUAGCAGAUGUAAAUAAACGACUGAAAUCACAAAUAUGGAGCUCCGUAGUGACCAUAGCGUUAGUAGAAGGUAAAAACUUAUUAGCUUGCGACCCUGAAACGGGCACCUCAGAUCCAUACGUAAAAUUUAGAUUAGGUAACGAAAAGUACAAAAGUAGGAUAGUGUGGAGAUCGUUAAAUCCAAGAUGGUUAGAACAGUUUGAUCUUCAUUUAUACGACGACGGUGAUCAACAGCUCGAAAUCACCGUCUGGGAUAAAGAUAGAUCAAGAGAUGACUUUAUUGGAAGGUGUGUAAUAGAUUUGACGACUUUGGAACGCGAACGAACGCACAGUUUAUGGCAACAAUUAGAAGAUGGUGCUGGGUCUUUGCACCUCCUUCUCACCAUCAGUGGAACCACUGCUUCCGAAACCAUAUCAGACUUGACCACUUACGAGGAGAACUCUCGCGAAGUGGAAAAUAUUAUGAAUAGAUAUAUUUGGCACCGAACAUUCCACAACAUCAAAGACGUGGGCCACCUAACCGUCAAAGUAUACCGAGCUUCAGGUCUAGCCGCAGCUGAUUUGGGAGGCAAAAGCGACCCUUUCUGUGUUCUCGAGCUAGGAAACGCCCGUUUGCAAACACAAACCGAAUACAAAACACUGUCACCCUCCUGGCAAAAAAUAUUUACUUUCAACGUCAAAGACAUCAACAACGUCCUCGACAUAACGGUCUUUGACGAAGACCGUGACCACAAAGUAGAGUUUUUGGGUCGAGUGGUCAUUCCUUUACUCCGAAUUCGAAACGGUGAGAAACGCUGGUAUGCCCUCAAGGACCGCAAACUACGAAGCCGAGCCAAGGGCAACAAUCCCCAAAUCUUGCUCGAAAUGAAUCUUGCGUGGAACCCUAUCAGAGCCUGCAUCAGGACGCUUAAUCCUAAAGAAGAGAAAUACAUGCAAAGCGAAGUUAAAUUUAAGCGGCAAGUUUUCGUGAGGAACGUUCUAAGACUGAAAGUUUUCAUUAUGUAUUUUUACGAGUUCGGGAAGAUCUUCCAGAACUGCUUCGAGUGGGAAUCCAAAAUUCAGAGUUUUGCAGCGCUGCUUCUCUUUCUUGUUCUGUGUUACUAUUUCGAGCCGUGGAUGUUGCCUAUCGCUGGAUUAUUAAUAUUUUUUAAACAGUACAUUGUGAGGAUUUUAGCGGGGCCGAGUUCCAUCCCGUGGGAUGAAACUGCAGAUUCCGAUAUCGAAGAUGAUGAGGACGAUGAUAAGGAAAAGGAAGAGAAGAAGAGUUUAAAAGAAAGGCUACAGGCAAUACAGGAAGUCACGCAAGGUGUCCAAAAUGCCAUAGGACGUAUAGCUUCUCUUCUCGAAGCCGUUAAAAACACGUUCAACUUCACCGUUCCCUACCUAUCUUGGAUAGCGAUUGGUCUUCUGGUCGCUGCUACUAUCGUCCUAUACUUAAUUCCUAUCAGAUAUCUCCUAAUGCUUUGGGGAACGAACAAAUUCUUUAGGCGAAUCCUUCGCCCACAUUCCGUUCCUAACAACGAAGUUCUAGACUUGCUAUCCCGAGUUCCAGACGACGAAAUGUUGAUGUGGGCGAAAUUACUGGCCUGGGCGCUGUCGACCCCGUGGGGGCGCCUAACAGUGUUUGAAUGGUACUUGCAGCUGGACUACAAGGAUCUCAAGAUUCUGAUCAAUCCGGAGGCGGAGCGUCGACGCGAUCCGAAAAAGAAGCACAAAACUUCCUAGUGGAAGACCAGAUUCGUUGGUUUGCGCGAUAACUGGCGGACUCGUUUCGAGAAAAUCAAAGAAAAGGCUGAUUAAACAAUUCUUAAUACAUUUCUGUGUGUCGUUAGAUUGUUGUAGUCUCAAAAAUGAUAGUGAGAGUUCGAGUGCCCGCUCGGCCAUAUUCAAUUUGAGCUUCGAUUUUGAACUUUAAAGAUAUACGAAUUUUGACAAAAGUAGAUUUUGAAAAUUUUAAAGUGUUGUCAUUGUUGUCGUUGUUGAAGUUUUUAUUUAUUGUUUUCGGGGUCGAAAUUUGACAAUUGAACCAACACAUUUAUUGGCUUAUUUAUUGCGACAUCAACCUUAAAUUUUAAGAUUUUGUAUUUUUCUACCCACGUGAUUAGUUUUAGAAAUAUUACAAAUUGUGUCAAAAAGGUGUUACAAAUUAAUUAAUCAACCGACAAUAGGGCCAUAAAUUUUAAUUACUUCCAUUUCUCACAACGACAGUGUGAAAAAAGUCGACGAAAUUUACAUUUUUGUGCACACUAAAUCAACACCAAAUACAUAUUCGUUUGAGUUCUUCCAAUAGACUUGACCUAGUCGAUUGUCGGUAAAUUUAGAUCAAUUUCGUUGAUUUAGUGCCUAGGUCUACGAAGCCUAAUACUUCCUUUUUAUUUUUUCAAAUUUAUAUAGGAAAUGUUCUAACGGGAAAAUGGUGCUUAAAAAUUUAUGUAUAGUUUUAACAUAACGAAGAGGUCCUCACCAAGAAAAACUUUGACAAAAUUUUUCCCAUUGAUAAUAAUAGUCGCUUCUAAUAGGCUUUCAGUUUGAGAAAAUCGUAUUUUAACUUUUCCCGAUUGCAUUAGAAGUUAUCGCACGUCAACUGUAGAUAAUCGAGAUCGGCUUCUAGAAGCACUUUCCGGAGGAUUUCAAACUGGUUCUCCGGAAUGUCUUCAAGUUCUAAAUGACCGUUUCGGAUAUUGUUGUUGUUUGCACUUAAGACAGCUGUGAUUAAUUCGUCAAAAACCUCACUUUCAAGCCUUUGUUUUAACUCAAACUUCCCACAUAACCCGGAAAAAUACAGCUACAUUUAAAUUUUAUAAGUUUGGCAAUUGAAAAUAUUUAUUAUUUUAGGGAAAAGUUAGUCAAAGUUUCAAGCAAUAUCUUACCCUCAUCCAUCGUAAUAAUUACUUCUAUGAUACUCGAAGACGUUAACAAUAUCUGACCACAAAAGUUAGUAAGAAAAAUCAACGGACCGAUUCGUUUUACUCAAACUUUGUGAUUCUUGGAUUCAUUGUACUUAUUCCAUUAUAUGUGUACCUACUACUAUAAGUGUUUUUGCACACAUUCAGAUUUUAUUGCACAAUAACGUUUGUUGCGUUAUUUUUGCCAAUUGCAAGGAAAGUGAUAUCGAAUAAUGUAAUAAGUUAAUUAUAUUGUAACUAUCAUUUUUAUUAUUAAAAAAAUACGU